AUGGUCGUAAUGCCGCCGGUGCAUACUGCACUUCGCUUAAUAAGGACGCUAUCCAUGGCCCGCCCCGCCAACCCCGGAACUAAUUCCGGGGACCUUGGCACCGAAUUUACCGUCGACCUCGAGCUUCAACCUUGGCCGUCGGCUUCAUCCAUCACCACCACCGCCGCCACCACCCCGGCCUCCUCACGCCCAGUCUCACCGACAAUCACGACGGCGCCGGAUUUUGGCACUCGAUACGGUGGCCAAUUGACGGACUUGGGCGACCUCUUUCGAUCCCGCGAGCGCCGAACGCGAUCCGUCAAGCGCACCGAUUCGUUCGACAGCACUACCACGGAGAGCAGCGUGUCCAGCACGCGCAGCCAGAGUAGCAGCCGAAACCGUUUUGCCAACAGACGCGUUCGAUGUGAUGAGGUAGCGAGGAAGGAGUCCAUUAGUCUGCAGCGCCAGAGCGAAACCUGCUGGAGAGACUACUGGGAUUGA